AUGGAUGCCGCCACAUUGAACAAGAAGCGCAAGCGGAACAAGGUUGAGGCUGCUGCUGAUGCCACGAAAAAGUCAAAAAAGUCCAAGAAUCCCCCGCCACCAGUCGAGCCCGAGGUUGAAGAUGAGGUAGCAGAGGACGAGGAGGAAGAGGAAGAAGAAGAGGCUGUCUCAAACGAGGACAAGGAAAACAACAAUGAGGAUGGAGAAUCAGAUGCUGGAUCAGAUCUCGCAGACAAGCCCGCCGCCAGAGAUGCCGAUGGAGAUGUCAUACCCAACAACUCUGCGCCCAUACUAUCGACGCUGGCCGACUCCCAGAAGUUUGAAGACCUCAAGCUGUCCGAGAAGACGAUGAAGGCGAUCCAGGAGAUGGGCUUCACCAAGAUGACUAGCAUUCAGCGUAGCGCCAUUCCACCUCUUCUUGCGGGCAAGGACGUUCUCGGUGCCGCCAAGACAGGUUCCGGAAAGACGCUCGCUUUCCUCAUUCCCGCCAUAGAGAUUCUCAGCUCCCUGCGAUUCAAGCCCCGAAACGGCACCGGUGUCAUUGUCGUCUCCCCGACUCGAGAACUCGCGCUCCAGAUUUUCGGCGUUGCACGCGAGCUGAUGAAGCACCACUCACAGACAUACGGUAUCGUCAUUGGCGGAGCGAACCGAAGAGCAGAGGUUGAAAAGUUGACCAAGGGUGUCAACCUUUUGAUUGCCACUCCUGGCCGACUGCUCGAUCACCUUCUCAACACUCAAUUCGUUUUCAAGAACUUGAAGUCUUUGAUCAUUGACGAGGCGGACCGAAUUUUGGAAGUUGGUUUCGAAGAUGAAAUGAGACAGAUUGUCAAGGUUCUGUCAAACGAGGACCGACAGACUAUGCUGUUUUCUGCGACACAGACAACCAAAGUUGAGGAUCUUGCCAGAAUCUCACUGCGACCCGGCCCGCUAUACAUCAACGUCGACGAGGAGCAGAAGCAUAGCACAGUCGAUGGUCUGGAGCAGGGCUACGUCCUUUGCGAAGGCGACGAGCGCUUCCUCCUGCUGUUCUCCUUCCUCCGAAAAAUGCAGGCUAAGAAGAAGAAGGUCAUUGUCUUCUUCAGCAGCUGUGCCUCUGUCAAAUACUACGCUGAGCUGUUGAACUACAUUGACUGCCCUGUUUUGGAUCUUCACGGCAAGCAGAAGCAGCAGAAGCGGACCAACACUUUCUUUGAGUUUAGCAAUGCGCCCCACGGUAUUCUGAUCUGUACCGAUGUUGCCGCUCGUGGUUUGGAUAUCCCUGCCGUCGAUUUCAUUGUUCAAUUUGACCCCCCGGACAACACUCGCGACUACAUUCACCGUGUGGGACGAACUGCCCGAGGCACUGAUGCCAAGGGACGAAGUCUUCUCUUCCUUCAGCCCAACGAGGUCGGCUUCCUGUCCUACCUCAAGGCAGCCCGCGUCCCCGUCGUCGAGUUCGAGUUCCCCCGCAAAAAGAUCAUCAACGUCCAGUCCCAGCUCGAGAAGCUCAUCGGCAAAAACUACUACCUCCAGCAGAGCGCCAAGGACGCCUUCAAGUCCUACCUCCACGCCUACGCCAGCCACAGCCUGCGGUCCGUGUACGACGUGCAGAAGCUGGACCUGGCUAAGAUUGCAAAGAGCUUCGGCUUCCCCACGCCGCCGCGCGUGGACAUUACGCUGGGGGCCAGCAUGGGACGGGAUAAGGUGCAGGCGAGGAGGUCGUAUGGUAGCCAGCCGAAGCAGGUUGGCAAGUAUAAGAGGGAUAAAAGGAAUUGA